CAUUUGAUGUGUCUUCCAGUAAUGCAAAGGCGGCGUUAUGGCACUGCAAGGCUGGCGCUUUUUCGGUGUCUCGGCAACAAUCAUCAUCUAUAUAGGCGGAGUGCUAUUUCUAUCCAUGAACAAUAUACCAGGCUCGCAUCCAAAACGCACGCGCAUCGAGCGAUUCGCCGAGUUUUCCAGCUUUCAUAGUCCCCGGUUCCCCAUGCCCAGUCGAAAGAUGACCAUUCGCUGGUGUCGCGACCUCAAGUAUCUAAAUCGCGAGCUUCCAAACUACACAGACUACAAAGCCGGCGACUACUACACUGCCUUGCCCAGCGAUGCAAGCGCCAAUUUACAAUUACAGGGUAUUGCGCCGUCGCCCAUGCUGACCGCAUUGGCGAGCUUCCCGGGCAGCGGAAACACGUGGCUGCGUUAUUUACUGCAGCAGGCCACGGGCAUACUGACGGGCAGCAUAUACAAGGACUACGGCCUGCUGAAGACGGGCUUUCCGGCGGAGAAUGUGUGCAACAGCUCCGUCCUGCUGGUGAAGACGCACGAAUGGGGCUCCAAGGCAUGGGCGCCCUUCUCCAAGGCAAUACUCCUCGUCCGCGAUCCCGAGAAGGCGAUCAUAGCCGAGUUCAAUCGCCAGAGCGGCGGACACAUUGGCUUCGCCUCGCCAGAUCGCUAUAAGCGCACAAAGGGCAAGUAUUGGCAACAGUUUGUGAGCAACAAGCUCAAAGGUUGGGAGCUCAUGAAUCUUAGCUGGGCGCGCAAUUUCACGGGCAGCAUCAAGGUUGUAUUCUACGAUGAUCUGGUCCAGCAUACGGAGCGCGAGCUGCGCCGCAUACUCGAGUUCCUCGAGUUUCCUGUCAACGAGCAGCUGCUGCGCUGCGCCCUGGUGCGCAAGGAGGGCAUCUUUCGCAGGAAGAAGCGCCUACUGUCCUUCGAUCCCUAUACGGACGCAAUGCGAGCUGAGCUGCUGGCGCGUCGUCGCAUCGUCUAUGGCGUGCUGGGCAGACACGAUUAGGCUAAGAUUAGGCAACGAGUAUAUGAAAUGCAAAUAACCACCUAAGGACAACCGUUCCGGCAUUCAGCGUUCAGCAUCCAGCACCAAUCACUUUACCAGUCCCACAGCUUUCCGAGCAGAUCCACAAAUGCCUUUCAGUUCGAGUCCUUGCUGCAAAAGGACUC